AUGAUCUAUGGCGACCCACAAGCAUAUCUUCAUGCUGAUACGACGAAAUUCGUUACCGAACGAGAAUAUUAUGGUGAUUUUGGAUAUGGAGAAUGUUUCAACUCGUCCGAAUCGGGUGUUCAGUGUGAAAUAAUCACAGGAAAAUUCGAUCCCAAACUUUUGCCAUAUGACAAACGUAUGGCAUGGCAUUUCAAAGAAUUCUGCUACAAGACAUCGGCUCAUGGAAUUCCAAUGAUUGGACAGGCACCGAAUCGUUAUUACAGGUAG